AUGAGCUCUUACUUUGUAAACUCGUUCUCAGGGCGCUAUCCAAAUGGCUCCGACUAUCAGUUACUAAAUUAUGGGACUAACGGCGCUGUGAGCGGCUCCUUCAGAGACCCUGGCACCAUGCACUCCGGGUCCUUCGGCUACAACUACAAUGGCAUGGACCUAACGGUGAACCGCACCAACACCGGCGGCCACUUCGGGGCCGUGAGGGAGGAUGCCCGGGGAUUCGGGCCGGACGCCCGCUACAGACAGACGCCCAACUGCUCGCUCACGUCCCCAGAUCCGGUGCCGGCGUCGUGCGCCACGGCCGGCCGGGAUCCGCUGGAACUAAAAAGCCCCUCUCCCCCGCUCGACCGGGGCGCGACCUCGGGCGGCGGCGCGCUGAACAAAAGCAACAACGCUCAUUUCACGGAGAUCGAGGACCCAACCGUCGCGUCCGAGACCGAGGAGGGCCAGCAGCAGCAACAGCAGCAGCAGCAGCAGCAGCAGCACCAGGAACCCAACGCCACCUCCUCCACUCCCACAUCUAACGAUUGCCAAACGCCACAAAUAUUCCCCUGGAUGCGGAAACUGCACAUAAGCCAUGAUAUGACUGGACCUGACGGGAAAAGGGCCCGAACCGCGUACACCCGGUACCAGACGCUAGAGCUGGAGAAAGAGUUUCACUUCAAUAGGUACCUAACCCGACGGCGGAGGAUAGAGAUAGCCCACGCCCUGUGUCUCUCCGAAAGACAGAUCAAAAUCUGGUUUCAGAACCGCAGGAUGAAGUGGAAGAAGGACAAUAAACUGAAAAGCAUGAGCCUUGUGACGGGAGGCAGCGCCUUCCACAACUGAAUAACUUUUUUUUUUUUUUUGAA